AUGGGCAAGAAUUCGGCUUCCGUUAAAGAGGCCUCGACUAAGAAGGUCGAGUCUUCCAAGUCCACUGUCUCGCCUCAACUUCUUUCGUCUGUCGCGACCUUCCUUUCCGACAAUGGCUUCUCCAAUGCCAGUGCCGCCUUCGCCAAGGACCUGAAAAAGGCCGGAAAGGCCGCUGAUGCGCAGAACGCCCCGUCUCUGCUGGAAUUGUUCCAAUCCUGGGACAAGAAUGCCGACAAGAAGGAGUCUUCCACUUCUAGCGACAGCUCCGACAGUGACAACUCGAGCGAUAGCGACUCUGACGUUGAGAUGCAAGACGAAAAGCCCUCCCGCGCCUCUUCUCCCUCUUCCUCUUCCUCUUCUUCGUCUAGCUCUGACAGCGAUGCUGACGAUGAGGAUGAAGAAGAAGAGAAGGCCCCUGCGCCAGUUGUGAAGAAGCCUACUGGCGUAAAGCGCAAGGCCGAGUCCAGCAGCGAGUCUUCCUCUGACUCAAGCUCUGAGAGCGAUGCCCCCAAGGCCAAGAGGGCCAAGAAGGCUAACAGCGACUCUGACUCUGACUCCGACUCGUCUGAGUCCGAAAAGGAGACUGUCAAAAAGGCCGAUUCCAAGGCUCUGAAGAAGGCAACCAAGACUCCUCUCCCGGAGUCCUCAAGCUCUAGCUCAUCUAGCUCUUCUGACGACAGCUCCGACGAUAGCUCUGACGAUCAGGCUGGAGGCGUCAAGGUUGCCAGCGGUACUUCUUCUGAUACCAGCGCCACCAUCUCUGCUGAUGAGCCCGCGAAGCAGGCUGCAGAGACCCAGACCUCUUCCUCCAACGCUAGCCCAGCCCCCGGCAAUGGCUAUGCGAAGAAGAAGCACACAGGUGCUAAGCCCACUCCUCUCGCUUUGUUGAGCCAGCAAGACUACAGUCAUCUCCCCUCCAACAACUAUGUCUCAUAUGAAUACGCCGAGCGUGCCUAUGCGGAUCUAUCAGUUACUCGCGGAAAGGGCUUCACCAAGGAGAAGAACAAGAAGAAGCGCGGCUCUUACCGUGGCGGUCCCAUCGACACGACUGGCGGCAAGUCUUUCAAGUUUGAUGAUUAA